GUACAACUAGGUAUAGCUAAUGUUUCUCGUGAGUUAAAGCCAAACAAGUUGCCAAUAACAUUGAACCUAAACGGAAAGAGUUCAAAAAAAGAAAAAAAGCGCAGCCCUAUUCAUCCGUCGGAGUUGUGGUCUCUGCGCACAAGCUGGAGUCUGAGUCCGUUUUUCUUGCCGGAUGAUUGUGAAUAUGCGACAACGAGCAACGAGCAGCAGCGAAUAGGGAAGGGAACGAUCGAGCAAGCCGUCGGCGAAGGUAGCGAAGCUAGAUCGAAGAAGGAGAAGGUAGCGCACUUAAGCCCAGAAGGAAAGAAAACGACGGCUGUACCGUGCGCACGGUACAGCCGGAGUAGUUCUCUGUUCCCUAUUUUGCUUCGGCUCUUCAGUUUCAUACAGUGAUCUGCCUAUCUCUUCGUUUCGGUCUGCGUUCGUUUAACAGUAAUGGAGUAAUGCCUCCCCUCCACACAAUUAUUAAUAAAAGCUCUUCCUAAUCAGCAGACUGUGGACUACCCAAGCUUCAAGCUUGUCAUAGUUGGUGAUGGAGGGACUGCAAGGAAAAACUACAUUUGUGAAGAGGCAUCUCACUGGUGAAUUCGAGAAGAGAUAUGAACCUACCAUUGGUGUUGAGGUUCAUCCUCUGGACUUCCAAACAACCCAUGGAAAGAUCCGCUUCUACUGCUGGGACACAGCUGGACAAGAGAAGUUUGGAGGACUCCGUGAUGGUUACUACAUUCAUGGUCAAUGUGCAAUUAUUAUGUUUGAUGUUACUGCACGGUUGACUUACAAGAAUGUUCCCACCUGGCACCGUGAUCUUUGCAGGGUUUGCGAAAAUAUUCCCAUUGUUCUUUGUGGAAACAAAGUUGACGUCAAGAACAGGCAGGUGAAAGCAAAGCAAGUUACAUUCCACAGGAAGAAGAAUUUGCAGUACUAUGAGAUCUCUGCGAAGAGCAACUAUAAUUUUGAGAAGCCUUUCUUGUAUCUUACCAGGAAGCUUGCUGGGGACCCCACUAUUCAAUUCAGCGGUGACAUUGCUCUGCGUCCUCCAGAAGUACAAAUUGACCUUGAUGCACAACAAUUGCAUGAAAGAGAGCUAGAAGAUGCAGCUAACAUGCCACUUCCCGAUGAUGAUGAUGCAUUCGAAUAGUGUUCUUUUUGUGUGUGA